AUGGCAAUUCUAUCUGAGCAUGUUCAUACAUCAUUGCCCCAAAUCCCACAAUCUUGCAGCAAAUCUUCAAAUUGGAUUGCUAUGGAAGAAAGUGAGUUUCUUGAAUGGUGUGGAAGCAUCAAAUUCGCUAAGGAAAUGGCUUCUGCCUCUCCUUUCUCCUCGUUGCAACACGCACUCGAUGUUGCCUCUCAGGUUUGGUUUAAUAAGAUCAAUAUCCAUUCCUGGUUGGUGGCUCUCAAUGCUCACACGAAUAUCUCUGAAAAAACACCCUUCUAUCGAGAAUCCUACGAUAGUGCUUCAUCCACUAGUAUGGAUUCUACUCUUAAGGAGAUAUAUGCAUUGAGCAUGCAGUAUCUGGUAAGGUUCGGUUUUCCAUACUUUAAGAAAGAUUCUGAUUGGGAUACUGAUGUUAUACUAAUGGAUUUGAAGAUGAGUGUUAAAAACAACCCGGCAUGUGAGUUCCAUUGGGCAUGUCGAAAGUAA